AUGGCUGCCCUCCCUCUUGAGGAGCACAAGUCUGUCUGGGACGAGACAGAACGCAAUUUCUGGGCUAAAAUUCGUCGCCAACGAGAAUCAGAGAACAGCAAGGCCGAGCAGGACUAUCAGCUAUCGGUAACCGAAAUGCGAAUGAAGCUUAGUGAGCUUACGGGGCGACGGACCGAGCUGACCGAGUCGCAAACCCGUCUGGCUCGAGAACUGGCAAAGGUCGAGGCCGAGCUGGCUCGUGUAUCUGAAGAAUGCGAGGAGAAGGCAGCUCGACUUGAGUGUAUCGAACAGGAUCACCGAAAAUCACGACAAGCGCAGGCUGAAAGGCAGCAGGAGAUAUGGAGGACGAUGCGUCGGUUCUUCAAGGAGAAGAGAGGCGAAGAGCUGGGUUCAGAGGAUUCUGAGGACCCUGACGCGGAGCAGUUUCUUCUUCCCGAAGAUAUGCCAGGCCUGUCCAUGACGAAUGGUGCUUCUACUCGACCAAACACCGCCGACGGUCUCACGGAGGCGACAAGCGUUCAACCCACAGAUGGAGAGAGCAUGGAAGGCGUUGAGCAUCACGAGAAUAACGCCGCCCGUGAUACGCCCACGCCCGAUGCCAUCGUGGAUGUUGUCGAUGCUGACGGCAAUGUCAUUGGACCAGUGCAACGGAUUGAGCCCUGGAAUCAAUGGGUCGAGGGAAUCCAAGAACUCGAAGUCCUACGACCCGUCAAGAUUCGCCGAGGCCGCCGUUUUAAUGAUGCGCAUCUCGCCAGUAUCUAUGAGCGAUCCGAGGCAAAAGGUGUCAAGUGGUUGGCUUGCAUGAUCCAAGCGACUGGAGAGAUCCAAACCAAGCGAUGCCAUUCGUGCGAUAAGAAUCAAGGGGCAUUUGAUGAUUGCAUUAUCGUUGGAGGGGAUCUGUUCCAGAAGUGCGGUAACUGCGAGUGGAAUCGCCAGGGCUGUCAUGAUGCUUCCGGAGAAACGAUUGACAUAUUAGCUUCCAGAGAGAGGGCGCGACAACACAAGGAGUCCAAGGAUGCACAGGCGAGAGUAUCACCGGAACCCGAGGCUCAGACACAGCACGUUGAGGUUCAAGCAAGACCUGAACCUACGCCUCAACCUGAACCUCAGCCAGUUCACAGAGCCGAGGAACGUGCCAGACUUCCUUCACACCGGCCAUCACCUCAGCCUAUCCCUCAACAGGCUCCUGAGCGAGUAUCUCAACAACCUUACGAACGAUCUCCCGAGCGACUACCUCACCGAGUUCCUGAACGGGCUCCUGAACAACCGCCCGAACGAAUUCCUGAGCGGCUCCCUGAGCGAUUACCCGAGCGACUACCUGAACGACUGCCUGAACGGCUACCUGAGAGGCUACCUGAACGAUUGCCUGAGCGGCUGCCCGAACGUCUUCCUGAGCCUCUGGAACGUAUUGUGGAGCCGGUUUACAGACCCGUCUACGAGCCUUCACCUGUGCCCUCCAGCCAGCCUACACCCGUGCCCAGGCCCGAUCUUGCCCCUGAGCGCAUGAUAGACCCUGUAGUAACACCUCUACCGCCCAUCCAACUCCAACCUAGAUCAGAUGCUCCUCGUUCUGCCCUUCCUUCGCAUGCCCCCCGCUCCGUCCGCCCCGACAUUCUUCAGCCUACUACCGAGUUUGAUACCCCCGUGAAGGAUACCAGGGCCCCCGAUGGCUUCCAAUCGGCACGCGAGCCAGAGCAGAUGCCGACACCCCAAGAGUAUCGAGUUACCCCUGGGUUCACCCCGGCCAACAUGAGAAGUCGACCUCCCUCGGCCGAAAAGGAACGACCAACACCAGCAUCUAUGCCAAUCGAACCCUCGCCUCAGCCGACUGAGUCUCCUCCUUCCGAGGAAGCUUUGGAAGAGAUUUCACGCGAAAAUCUGGUUCUUAGACACAACGGAGAAUAUUACACGUAUCCCGAGUGUGUUGAAGGCGUGCCUCUGACCAAGGUGGACGAAACCCAUCCCUACUGGGAGUCUAACUGGCCUAAUGUGAGAACAUUGAUCGAGCCUCAGUUGGCUCGAUGGCGCGAAAAGCAUCAGGCUGCAAUCGAGGCCGGCCCCAAGCAAGAGAAGGGUGGAUCGUCGAAGUACCAGAUUGGCAGACAGGUCAACCGUGGCAUCAAGAUCCUCGAGUUCCACGAGACAGGCCCCAUAAGCCCAUAUCAGCUACUCAGCAAGAAGUACACCCAAUCAGGAAAGGGCGGCAUCACCUCCUACGACACACUGUUCCGUCUAUCAGAAACAAUGUCAGAACUGGAAAAGUUUAAACUCGACAUCGAACCUGUUGAGUGGAUGCGUCAGCGUCUCCACGAGUUGAUCCUGGCUGAAGGGCCCAGUUUCAACCUCCCCCGGACGGUUCAUGACUUCUAUCAUGACCCGAAGUUGACUGCACUGCGAUAUAAGCAUGGUUUCAAGAACAUUGGAAGACCCUCAGGGUUGAAAGCGCGUCAGAGCCAAGGUAGUCCCAGCAAUACGCCCAAGCCCCUGAAGAAGCGCAAGAGCAUGCAUUCUGUUGUCAGCACGCCACGCGAGACUUCCUUUGUCGACCAGUCCCCUUUGGCUACCCAGAUUCCUAUGGGUCCUGAAACCCCUUUCAGCACUCAUCUGAACAAAAAACCCAAAUACCUGUCGCCUACUGCAGGCCCGAUUCAUGACGAGUUUCACUCAGACGCCUUCUCUGACACAGACUCUUGCAGUGGUGGAGAAAUCACGAGGGAUGACUGGCGACUGUACCAAGUCAAGAACCGAUUCUUCACGAGCUCGCCUACAGUCACUCAGUACUGGACCUGGCUCCAGUCAGCAGGUUGCUUUCAGCAUCAAGUCCUGAAGGACGUUAAGCCCGUUACUUGGGGACUCUUCAAAGAUCAUAUUGAUUUCCACGUUAACCUCGACGAGAUUGAGGAACUGGUCUGGAAUAUCGAGGCGCUCCGCAUUCACAUUGUGAUGAAGAAGGUUAACGCCAGUACGGAUGGAGAUAGAGGACCUCGUGGAGACGUAAUGGCGUCUUUCAAGCGGGAUCGAACAAUGAGACGGUUCCUAUUCUUUUGCCGGGAGAGGGGAGUCAAGAUGCUGCGGCAGACAACCAAGGAAAUUGACCAUCGAUGGCAAAUGAUGAAUUCAGAGGUGCUUCAGGAUGCCCGCGGCGAGCCGAGCAAGGACUUGGUGGACUAG